GAAUUUCUCUGCCUUUGUCUUCUCGUUCCUCCAGCCCGUUUUACCGACUUGAAUUUGGUUGACCAAGUUUUUAGCCCAACUCUUGUAUACUAUAAAUAGUUAUAUUUCGUUUGUUGACCACAUCUGAAUACAAAUUUAUAUUUGUAUAUUUUCGAAGUUCAUCAAGAGUUCUUACAGGCAGAUAAUGUCAUACGGUAGUAGACAUAAUGGAGGCAGUGGUGGCUUUCGUAGUAGUGGCAAUGGCAACAGUGGCGGCCGUAGCAUGAAUGGAGGUUUCAAUAACAAUAACCAAAGGAAUGGUUAUGAACGUGGACCUUCCACCAGUUUCAAGAGUAAUGGGAGCCCCCCAAGCCGAGUUGGAGGCAGACCCAGAGGUGGAUUAGGGGGUUCUGUCGGACGUGGAGGAAAUCGCGCAGCAGGUGGAGGUGGUGGACGUUCUUUUGGUUCUUCCUCUCGUUCUAUGCCCAAAGGUGGUAAUCUUGGGGCAGGUAACAGGUUGCGCAAAAUUAACUGGAAUCUCAGAAGUCUUCGUCCAUUUAAAAAGGAUUUUUAUGAACCACAUGCUUCUGUUGCAAACAGAUCAUCAUAUGAGGUUGAUCAAUACCGCAGAUCUAAAGAGGUUACAGUAGAUGGCAACCAUGCCCCAAACCCUAUCCAGCAUUUUUCAGAGACAAGUUUUCCUGAUUAUGUCAUGGAAGAAAUCAAAAGACAAGGCUAUGAUGCACCUACAGCAAUCCAAGCACAAGGCUGGCCUAUUGCAAUGAGUGGGCGAGACCUGGUUGGAAUAGCCCAGACUGGUUCUGGCAAAACUUUGGCUUACAUCCUGCCAGCUAUUGUUCAUAUCAACAAUCAGCAACCUAUAUCUAGGGGCGAUGGUCCUAUUGCCUUAGUUUUAGCUCCAACCAGGGAACUUGCACAGCAGAUUCAACAGGUCGCCUCAGAUUUUGGUCGUACUUCUUAUGUGAGAAAUACUUGCAUAUUUGGAGGUGCCCCCAAAGGACCUCAGGCACGUGAUCUAGAAAGAGGUGUGGAGAUUUGUAUCGCCACUCCUGGCAGACUCAUCGACUUCUUAGAAAAGGGCACCACCAAUUUAGAACGUUGCACUUACCUUGUCCUUGAUGAAGCUGAUCGUAUGCUGGAUAUGGGUUUUGAACCUCAGAUUCGAAAGAUAAUCGAACAGAUCCGACCUGAUCGUCAAACUCUCAUGUGGUCUGCUACGUGGCCAAAGGAAGUCAAAAAGCUGGCCGAAGAUUACUUGAACGACUACAUUCAAAUCAAUAUCGGCUCUCUGCAGUUGUCCGCCAAUCACAAUAUUUUACAGAUUGUCGAUGUGUGUCAGGAAAAUGAAAAACCAGAAAAGCUCAAUGUACUACUUCAAGAGAUCGGUAACAAUGCAGAACCUGGCUCGAAAAUUUUAAUCUUUGCUGAAACCAAGGUCAAAGUGGAAGAUAUAACGAGACAGUUGAGGAGGUACGGAUGGCAAGCUGUUUGUAUGCACGGUGACAAAAGUCAACAGGAACGCGAUUAUGUUCUGAGGGAAUUCAGAAAUGGCAAAUCUUUCAUUCUUGUGGCUACGGAUGUCGCUGCAAGGGGUCUAGAUGUGGAUGGCAUCAAAUACGUUAUAAAUUAUGACUAUCCCAAUUCGUCAGAGGAUUAUAUACAUAGAAUUGGUCGCACUGGUCGAUCUGACACAACUGGAACCUCUUAUGCCUUCUUCACAUCGAGCAAUUUCAGACAAGCCAAAGAUCUGGUUUCUGUUCUGCAAGAGGCAAACCAGGUGGUGAACCCCAAAUUGCUGGAGUUGUCAAAUAGAGGAGGUGGAGGCUACGGAGGUAGACAAAACAGAUGGGGCGGCGGUGGCGGAGGUUUCCGUCAUAGAGAAAAUGGCGGCGGCUACCGGGGCAAGGAAUCUGGUGGACGUAUGGGUGGUAGAAGUAUGGGAGGGGGUAGUAAAAUGAUGAAUGGUCACACAUCUGAUAGGGGAAUGGGGGGGUCCCAAUUUGGUAGAAGUGGAGGCCCUAGGCAGAACUCGAGAUUUAAUAGUAGUCAAGGAGAAAACAGAAGCCAUUACAAUGGACACAAUAGUUGGAAUGGACAUAGGGAUAAUUAUUGAAUUCGAUCAAAGUGAAGAACCCAUCUGAUGCCACAGUAUUUUUGCAUUCCUCAUUUUAGUGCAUCAAGACGGGAAUGAUCUGAAUAAUUUAUAUUUCAUAUUUUAAUUUGAUAUUGACAGAAAUUAUCCUUAUCCUCUGGAAUAUUUAGCUUCAAUUAAAAUGUUUUCUGCAUAUUUAGGUAAUAUGUGUUCUAUCUGUGAUUUAUCUUUUUUUUACAUUGGGGUUUUCUAUUCCAAAAAUUUCUGCAUCAUUGGGUUAUGCUACAAAUAAUUAAUAUUUGUAUUUGUAAAUAUUCAGACUGCUGUUAAAAAAAAUCAAAUAAAGUCAUAUUAUGCAGUUUUGAAAUUCCAAAUGAAAUUUUCUUUAGUAAAUGUAUUUAUCUUUCAAUCUGUAAUUUGUAAAAUGAAAUUUGGUUCAAUAAAAUUUAUUAUUAACAA